AGCUCAAAAUGUGGAGAGGAAUACUGUUCUGAAGAAAUUAAUAUGCCACAAAUGGUAGAAGAUCUAACUCAGAUACACUUUCACUGGCCUAUGCUGUCCUGUACUUAAAACAGGGAUUAGUAAUGAAGCCACCAUUAUGUCCUCCGUCAGUGAAGUGAAUGCUGACCUCAAAGAGUUAUUAACAAACAUUAACUUGGAGCAGUAUCUUUUACGCUUCCAAGAAUCCGGCUACCAUACUGUGAAAGACUGUGCAGAGAUAAAUGACAGCAUACUACAGAAAAUUGGAGUGUUGCCAACAGGCCAUCGAAGAAGGAUCCUCAAACAGCUAGAGAUGAUCCUUUCAAAACUGCCAGACCCUGUUGUAUAUGCAAAUGUUCAGAAAAGAAAGAAGGACCCAGUGAUAUUAAAAGAUGAACAAGCUUUGCCUUCUGGUCCAGAUACCUGGAUAAAACUUUCAGGUUUGUGUGGGAGUCAGAGCAUUGGCCCAGAGUCAUUGGAGGCUUCAACAACAAUUCCUGGCAGAAAUGAUAUCUGUAAUGAAAAUAGGCGGUCUACAGAAUCAGUUGAUACAUCUUCUCUUACUAAACAGAGUGAUUCUCCUCUUCUAGACACUAUGUCCCCACAGAAUUUGGAUUGUUGUCAAAAUGUUGCCCUUGACAGUGGAAAUACAGAGAAUACAGCUUUGGUUACAAAAAAGAAUGUGGAUUGCGCAGAAGAAAAAGAACAAAUAGGAAAAGUUGGUUGGAACUUAGACAGUCCUGGAGUGUUUCAUAAUGAGGACCAAGGACCUCUUUCCUCCCUUGAUAAUUCUAUUUCCAAAACGAGUUUUGAAAACGAGCCUGGGAUUUUAUCAGCUAGACCACCUCCAUCUCCUUUCUUUGAAUUUAAAGGAGAGAUGAUUGUAAACGACUUGUAUAUAUCAUCAGCACAAAAUCUAGCACCUAUGAGGAGUCGUAGUAAAUUGGUUUCCAGACCAUCACGAUCUUUCAUGCUGAGGCACCGGCCUGUGCCAGAAAUCCCCGUGUCAUCCAAAGGAGCUGUUUCAGGGAGCUAUGCCCGAGAGAGGAGAAUUGGUGGUAACUCCAAUGGAAAGACAUUCACCGUGCAAAAGUCCCUUGAAGAACAGUCAUCUUUGGUCUUUCCACAUGGGGAUACUUAUCUUUUUAAGAGCAUAGAAAAUUCUAAGAAAUCCUUGAAAAAUGAAUUUUGGACUGUUGAAGAAAAACUUAAAAAGGAAGCGGGUCCUGAAAGGAGUUUAUUUUUUGGACAAUCAAGCAUAUAUGAUAACAGAAUAAAAGCAUGUGAAGACAAAGUGGAAGAUAUUUGGAUUCCUCGAGAAGACAAAACUGCUGUUCCAUUGGACUCUGCUUCCGAAUCAGAAUAUUCCACUGUGGAAGAAUGUUAUAAUAGUUUAAGAAGAGGAAAUUCCAAGGUGUCCAAGGCCAGGGCUCAGAAAGGGAGUUUGGAUUUAGCUGCUAACAGACACAGUUAUCCGCAAAGUUCCAUUAGUGGACUUGUUGAUCAACCAACCUUGACCUCAAACUCCAUAUCACCCUAUGCAUGUUACUAUGGAUCAUCAACAAAAAAGAUUAAAUCAGGAUGGUUGGAUAAGCAGUCUCCUCAAGGAAAACGUAUGUUUCAGAAGCGAUGGGUGAAAUUUGAUGGCUUUUGCAUUUCUUAUUAUAACAAUGAAAAGGAGGUAUAUUCAAAAGGAAUAAUUCCUCUCUCUGCUGUAUCAACAAUCCGGGGUCAGGGAGACAGCAAAUUUGAAGUUGUUACAUCACAAAGGACUUUUGUAUUUAGAGUAGAAAAAGAAGAGGAGAGAAAUGACUGGAUCACCGUUCUGCUAAAUGCUCUGAAAUCUCAGCCACUUGCUCCUCAGUCUCGAUCAGUUCUACCUGAGAAGUGUGGAUAUCUGGAAUUAAGAGGAUACAAAGCUAAAAUUUUUACUGUGUUGAAUGGAAGCAAUGUGUGGCUCUGCAAAAAUGAGCAGGAUUUUAAGAGUGGACUUGGUAUUACUGUAAUUCCUAUGAAUUUAGCAAAUGUAAAGCAUGUGGAUCGGACUGUAAAACAAUCUUUUGAAAUAAUCACUCCCUACAGAAGUUUUAGCUUUACAGCAGAGUCGGAAAAAGAGAAGCAAGAGUGGAUUGAAGCCGUGCAGCAAUCGAUAGCAGAAACUCUCUCGGAUUAUGAAGUAGCUGAGAAGAUUUGGUUCAAUGAGUCAAACAAGAACUGUGCUGAUUGUAAAGCACCAGAUCCUGACUGGGCAUCCAUCAAUCUCUGUGUUGUCAUUUGUAAGAAGUGUGCAGGACAACACAGAUCUUUAGGACCAAAAGAUUCAAAAGUUCGUAGUCUAAAAAUGGAUGCCAGCAUUUGGAGCAAUGAACUCAUCGAGCUUUUUAUUGUCAUUGGAAACAAAAGAGCAAAUGACUUUUGGGCUGGAAAUCUUCAAAAAGAUAAAGAAUUACACAUAGAUGCUCCAGUAGAAGAAAGAAAACUUUUUAUUACUCAGAAAUAUAAAGAAGGACGAUUCAGAAAAACUCUUUUAGCCUUUCUUACCAAAGAAGAAUUAAACAAGGCCUUGUGUGCUGCAGUAGUUAAACCAGAUGUUCUUGAAACAAUGGCGUUGUUGUUUAGUGGAGCUGAUGUAAUGUGUGCAACUGGAGAUCCUGUUUACAGCACCCCCUACUUACUUGCUAAGAAAGCUGGACAAAGUCUGCAAAUGGAAUUUCUCUAUCACAAUAAAUUCUCAGAUUUCCCCAAACAUGACAUUCAUUUUGAAAGUGGAUUACCUCAAGAAUCUUCACAUUCCACUUUUCUCUGUGACUUUUUGUAUCAAGUUCCAUCUGUGGCUGCUAAACUGUCUACAGAGAAAAAAAUGAUUGAAGAAACAAAUAAAAAAUGGUGUGUUUUGGAAGGGGGCUUCUUGAGUUAUUAUGAAAAUGAUAAGGCAACAACUCCUAAUGGCACGAUUAAUAUGAAUGAAGUUAUCUGCCUUGCUAUACACAAAGAGGACUUCUAUAUAAACGCCGGGCCCAUCUUUACCUUUGAAAUAUACUUAGUCUCAGAGCGUGCUUUUUUAUUUGGUGCUGAAACUGCGCAGACUAAAAGAAAAUGGACACAGGCAAUAGCAAAGCAUUUUGUUCCCUUUGUUGCUGAAAACUUAGCAGAAGCUGAGUAUGACUUGAUUGGUCAGUUGUACUACAAAGAUUGCCAUACUCUGGAUCAGUGGAAAAAAGGAUGGUUUGCUAUAGACAAAUCUAGACUACAUUUUUGCCUUCAAAUGGAAAAUGCUGAAGAAGAAUUGAUGUAUUUAAGGAGAUUACAGGAGCUAACAAUCAGCACAGUGGUUCAAAAUGGAGAAAAAACAGAUGUCUUGCUCUUGGUUGAAAAAGGAAGAACAUUAUAUAUCCGUGGUCAUACUAAGUUGGAUUUCACAGUCUGGCAUACUGCAAUUGAAAAAGCUGCAGGUACAGAUGGUAAUGCAUUACAAGACCAGCAGCUCAGCAAAAAUGACGUUCCCAUUAUAGUGAACAGCUGUAUAGCAUUUGUUACACAGUAUGGUUUAGGAAGCAAGCAUAUCUAUCAGAAAAAUGGUGACUCUUUCCAAAUAAGUGAGCUCCUGGAAAGUUUCAAAAAAGAUGCAAGAAGCUUUAAAUUGAGGGCUGGGAAGCAUCAGCUGGAAGAUGUGACUGGCGUGUUGAAAAGUUUUCUGUCUGACAUAGAUGAUGCACUUCUUACUAAAGAGCUGUAUCCGUACUGGAUCUCUGCAUUAGAUACUCAAGAUGACAAAGAAAGAGUUAAAAAAUAUAGCACAUUUAUCCGUACACUUCCGGGGGUCAACAGGGCAACUUUGGCAGCUAUAAUUGAACACCUUUACAGGGUUCAGAAGUGCUCGGAGAUCAACCAGAUGAACUCUCACAGCUUAGCUAUGGUAUUUUCAUCCUAUUUGUUUCAAACUAAAGGACAAACUAGUGAAGAAGUAAAUGUAAUUGAAGACCUAAUUAAUUAUUAUGUUGAGGUGUUUGAGGUCAAAGAAGAUCAAGUCAGGCAAAUGGAUAUAGAGAACAGCUUUAUUACCAAGUGGAAAGAUACUCAAGUUUCACAAGCUGGAGAUUUGCUCAUCGAAGUAUAUGUUGAAAGAAAAGAUCCUGACUGUAGUAUCAUAAUAAGAAUAUCACCUGUAAUGGAAGCAGAAGAAUUGACAAGUGACAUAUUAGCAAUAAAGAAUAUCAUCCCUGCCGAAGGGGAUAUAUGGGCUACAUUUGAAGUCAUUGAAAAUGAAGAACUUGAGCGCCCUCUUCACUACACUGAGAAUGUGCUAGAACAAGUACUUCAGUGGAGCUCAUUACCGGAGCCUGGCACUGCAUACUUAGUAGUGAAGAGAUUCCUAACCAUGGAUGUAAUUAAACACUACAAUGAGAAAAGUACAGCGGAAAGUGUAAAAGAAGGAGUCUUGAAAUUCAAAGAAGAACCUUCUAAAAUACUGUCUGGAAAUAAAUUUCAAGAUCGGUACUUUAUUUUGCGAGAAGGCUGUCUCUUUCUUUAUAAGGAUAUGAAGAGUAGCAGACCAGACAAAACACUUCCUCUCAACUCACUGAAGUUUUACCUUGGUGUGAAAAAGAAAGUGAAAACUCCAACAAGUUGGGGACUGACAGCAUGUUCAGAGAAACACCAUUGGUAUAUGUGUUGUGAUGGUCCACAAACACAGAUGGAAUGGUUGACCAGUGUUUUUCUUGCCCAGCAUGAUAAUGAUAUAUGGCCACCAGCUGGAAAAGAACGUAAGCGAUCUAUAACCAAAAAUCCCAAAGUUGGCGGUUUGCCUUUAAUUCCCAUCCAGCAAGAGAAAAAUAAUAACCAAGCCAGAAGAAAUAUAGAGAACGCAAAAGCAGGACUUGAAAACCUGAGGCCUCCCGAAAAGCAGGAAAAAGAGCAAAAAGAAGCCAGUCUAAGAGAACGGGCCUCCAUGGUGGCGCAUUGUCUGGAACGCAAGGAGGACAAACUCCGAAAUCGGACUAAAAAACACCGGAGUUUUAACUGUUUGGAGGACUCAGGUGCUGACAUUCUUCAGAGUCAUCACAAAUCACAUAAAGACUUCAAGAUUCUCAGGAAGACGGAGGACAAGAAUAGCAAAUCUAGUUUGGAAACUGAUAACAAAUUACCGUCCAAAGUGAUUGAGGAGCUCAGUGUUGUUCUACAGAGAACAAGAACCCUUCCCAAAGAUCCAUAGUGGAGAUUUGGCCAAAAGGAAAACAUGGUUUCCUUUAGAUAGUGUAUAAUACGUUCGUUGGUAACUCACAGAGUAGCCAAGAUAGGUCUCCGUGUCUGUAAUUACUACAAAAUGCCAGAAGUUUAAAGUAUGUAUAUGUGGUACCUUUAAAUGACUAUGGUAAGAUUUACUGUUGUGAAUAUAGAUUAAUGUAAAGUUAUAAUGAAAUAAUUCACUUUUGUACAGUCAGAAGUUUCCUCUGAGAAUUCUGCCUCUUUUAAGUAGUGGUGGUUAUUAGAGAUAUUGAUUAAAAGAGGAAUCCUCUAAAAACAGAGGCCUCAUGAUGCACUGUAUUUAGUAUAUAAUGUGUGUGUUUUUUCCUCUAAAUGAUUUCAUUGAAUUUGAUAGUAUAUGUAACACAUAUUGCACUUUGAGAAACUUUGUGUGUUGAGUUGCUGCAUGAUUUCAGGUUUACAGAGCUAAAGCCUUGAAGGGACAUGAUAUUGUAUGGUUUGUGGUUGUCAUGUGGUGGUUUAAUCUGAGUCAGUCUUUGAAAAAAGGAAAAGGAUUUCACGGAUUCUUAAAAACAAGGACCAUGGUGUGACAGGAGCUACUUGGGGUCUGCUUGCUUCAGGUUAGUAGUGACCAGAAGCUGUUAAUGGGAUUUGGUGUGGCAGUCUGUGGCAGAAGUGAAUCUAGCACUUUUUCUGUAUUUUCCAGCGAGUUGUAUUCAGAUCACUACAGUGGCUUAAUUAUAAAUUGGGUCCUUUUUCUUAGUGUUUUGAGUGAAAUAAGCCAUAGAUUACAUUCACUAACCUUUUGUUCUUUAUAGCUGUCUUGAAAGGCCGUUAGACAACAAACUAAUGAGCAGGCCUUGAAAGGAGCACAGAUUCCAUUAUACUCUUUGAUUAUGUAAGAGCAAUAGCUAAAAUCCACGUGUGUGUGUGUGUGUAUACGCACGCACACACACACACAUAUA